AUGAAUCGAUUUGCUGAUAUCGAUCUUUCAAUUAAACGACUUCCACCUGUUUAUGGUUAUCGUAGUGUAAACUUUGUUUCAAUUGAAAAAGUCCUAGAACCUAUCGAAUCUCAUAUUGAUCAACUACCUUAUUACAUAAAAAUAGCUAAAAAAAACUGUCAUUUUCCGUCAGAACAUGGACUUACACAUGAUGAAUCAGCUGCUAUUUAUAUAUAUACAAUGGAAUGGGAUCGACAAGCAUUAAAAAUAUGGUUUCCAUACUUAAAAUUAUUUGAUUCAGCAUUGGAUAAGUUACCUACUGUAAAAGAGGUAGUAUGGAGAGGUAUACCUAUGGAUAUUGGCAAGAAUUUUACUGUGAACAAAAUUGUAACAUGGUGGAGUAUUAAUUCAUGUUCAUCAUCAGUUGACGUUAUUAAAAAUUUUCUUGGAAACAGCGACAAUACAACACUUUUUCUAAUCGAAGCUAUUAAUGGAAAGAAAAUUUCUGGAUAUACAGAAUUUGAAAAUGAAAAUGAAAUUAUUCUACGAAUGGGAUCACGAUUUCGUGUAAAGAGCGAUCCUUUAGUACAAAAACACGGUGGAUACGUCGUUCAUUUAAUUGAAACUGAUGAAAAUAAUGAUCAAAUAUCACCAUCAGGUAAGUUAUUUAAUAUUUUUUUCUCAAUGAAAUGA